UUUAACUUGUGAAUUUCAAUAACGUCAUUUUGUUAAUUCUGAGUAAAAGAGAAUUCAAAAUGAAGAUUUGCUUUUGGAUAUUUGUCACGUUGUUCGCCGUAAAUCAAAAGACUUCACUUGCAAAGGUAUAUGGAGAGCCAAACUUGUUGGACUCAAAUGAGUAUACUGGAGAAAGGAUGAGUCGCAUAGAAUUUGCGAACCAGCUGCAUAAAUUGGCACUGCAUUGUAUUGAUGACGUCAAACUCCUACAUAUGUCACCAGAAUUGCAACGUGAAAAGGGUAUUUGUGUCUUUGAUUGUGUUGGGACAAAAUUGAAUAUUAUCGAUGAAAAUAAAAAUUUCAAUGAAAUUGGAUUCUGGACAUUCAUCAAACACGAACUGAUUUUAGAGGAUCAUCACAAGGCCAUAGUUGAUGAAACUGUAGUAAACUGCAUUCAACACAUCAACAUGUUACCGAACAAUGGACUCGACGAAACAAGUGGCUGUAGCCGCAUUCCAGCAGAGGCCCUUAUUUGUGUUGAUAAAGCUUUCAAGCGCGCUAGUCACGCCAGACGCUUUUCAAACCAUUUUGCUUAGAAGAAUGAAGCCUUGCUAUAAAGCUCUGUAUUUGAAAAAAUCUACAACUAAUUUGACAUUGAAGAUUUAAAAAAAAUGUUAACUUUGAAUAUGCCUGAAUAAACGCACUUGCACUCUAAAAAAUAAUAAUAUUUAA